AUAUAUCUCUGAAAUAUAAAGAUGGAGAUAUUAAGAUGCUUAAUUUUGUGUUUUUGUUGGUUUUUAAUUUUAAAGCAAGGAUUUGGGCAGGUAAGUUUUAUUUUAACGAUAUAUCAGAGAAUUAAGACCACAAAUUGGUUGAUCCCAGCGUGGCGAAUCAAAUUCGAAUUCGCGGUGAUCAUUCAUAACUUUAAUGACAAAAUAACAUCCUUUCCUUAAUUAUUCAGCACCCUUUCAUAUAAGAGAACACGCUUUCUAAAAGUAAGUGCAGGAGAAUCGCACCACGCAUAAAACGGAAAACCAAAAGACGAGCCCGCGGACACGACGUACCACACCCAUAUUAUAACACACGGACAUUGUAAGUAAUAAUGAUAUAAAUAAAGCGAAUGGAUCCAGAGCCGACAUAUUUAUUAGUUUGUUAGUAGAUUUACCAAAGAUUGUAUUAUAUAUUAUAUCCUUAAAAAAAAGAAUUCUUCAUAAAUUUUAACAUAACCUCUUUCAUGAUCAAUCUAAUUAAAAUAACUCCGUACUUUUACUUUGGUUUUAUUUAUUUAUUUGUACUAUAGUAAAAGAUCUGACAACAUUUGAAAGACAUUUGUGUUCAAAUGACAUAACCUGAUCACACAUCCCGCCGAUGCAGAGAUGAUUUGACUUGGGCAAAUAUGUUUUUAACCAAUCAAAGUAGCUGACGUCAGGCUUGAAAAAAAGCAUGUAAAUUAAUAAGGAAGUUGUUAGAUCUUCAUGUAGCGAAAAACUGGAACACAACAAUUAGACCGGAUACCACUUUCAAUUGUUAUAUUUUUCUCAUAAGGCGAGUCCACUUGUUACCAUCAUUGGAAUCUUUAUUUUGAUUCCUGGUUUGGAUUUUUAGUUCAAAAUAAGAAACCAAAGCAAUUCAAUUAUCUACCACCUAUUUCAAUUGUUAAUUGCAGCAGAGCAAUACGGUAGAGGACGUCACAAAUCUCCUUGAAGAGCUAACAGGUAUUUUACAGAAUCUAGUUGGUAACUCAGCGACAGGAGGACCAGUGUCAACUACGACAGCCGUUACAACUACGACACCUGCUCCGACUACGAUUGCCACAUUAACUACAGCAUUCAAUACACAGGAAAAUGAAAAACUAGCGGAUGUUACGUUAGAAGUUACGAAGUUGCUACAACAACUAACUGGCGUUUUACAAGAUUUGGUUCAGCAAGAAGCGACUCCAAUAACAUCAACUACUACGACCACAACACCUACUACUACUACGACUACUGCAACUACGACUACGCCCACAACCGCAACUCCUACAACGACCACGACCCCAACCACGACCACACCUACGACCACGACUCCAACAACGACCCCAACCACGACAACACCAACGACAACAACACCUACCACAACCACUACAACAGUUCCUACCACCACUACCCCUACCACGACUGAAGAACCGGGCCCUAUGUUAGAAAAUAUGCCACUGGAUGGUAAUCUACCAGAAGGGACUAAUGCCAUUACCACCAUAAAAUGUUUGACAUGUACAGGAGUUGUUCCAUAUACAGUGCGGUUUGUGAGUGUAUCGCCGUCGACAGGGUGUGGUAAUUGUUUUAAUAUCUGGGAUGAAGACGAAAUGGAUGGUACGCCGAACUACUGUCUAAAAUUUGUACCUGGAACCAACCAGUUAGAUUACGAGAAAGUGUCUGUAUAUAGUGUUAUAGUUGAAUGUGUGGAUGCCAAUGGUCGGGCAAACAGAGGUCAGAUAGAAGUUCGAAUUCUACCCAACUCUCCACCAAUUAUCACAUCGUCCAGUUCAGUCUCAGUGUCGUUACCUGAUAAAACUGUAGGUUCACCAGUCUUUCAAAUCGAGGCUACCGACCCUAAUAAUGAUGAUCUACAAUAUACCUUGACACCCGAGUCUAGAAGUUCUUCUGAUACCUUUCAAAUAGACAAUAAUGGAAGAAUAACGUUAAAACAAAACAUAGAAAAUAGCUGUGAAACGUCAUACUCAUUAUCAGCUUACGUCACAGAUAGUUAUAAUGAUAGACAAGGGCCAGUGAAUAUAAAUAUUGAGGUCGAAAAUCCAAACACUCCACCAACAACAGACUUGUUAAAUCAGCAAAUAUCUAUUGAUGAGAACACUGGUACAGGUACGAGACUAGUAAACCUUGGUUUAUUAGAUGCAUCAUCUUCAAUCAUGACUGUUAGACCCUCUAAUAUGGAGAAACAUUUCACAUUAAAAGAUGGCCAGUUAUCCGUGAACACGCCAUUUAAUUAUGAAGUAGAUAACAAGGCCAAUAUAAGCUUCACAUUUUCCAACGGUUUCUGUGAAUCAAAAUACUGGUUAGUCGUGAAUGUAAAUGACGUCAAUGAUGAACCAGAAUUAUCACCCCAAGUUCAGAGUGCCCAGGUUGAGGAGGGAUAUAUUUCAUUUAACCCAGAAUUUGACGUAAAGGACGAAGACUUUGAUGACAGUCACACUUUUGAAUUCGCGUCGACACAAGGCGCGGUUAACCAGUUUUCUAUUGAUCCUGUAACUGGUGUCAUUACAUCUAAUGGUGAAUUUGACCUCGAUGAUCGGGGCUUGGAGCGCGACAUCGUAGUCUUGCCUGUCAAGGUCAUAGAUUCAAAGGGUAAAGCUGUUGACACAGCAACGGUAACCUUGACGGUUACGGAAAUCAAUGACAACGAUCCAGAAUUUACGAGCGAAAUCAAUAGGCAGUUAACAAUUAUGGAUUGCGACUUACCUAUGAGACUUAUGACCGUUACUGCAAAGGAUGAAGAUUUUGCACGAAAUGGAGAAAUAUUAUACAGAUCAUCAACGACGUCGGAAGGUCCAAUCACCGUAACACCAGGUGGGGCGGUUUAUCAAACCAGUCCAAUAAAUGCAGGAGAAAAUUUCAUUAUCACCGUAGAGGCUGUUGAUCGUGGCACACCGCAACGGACGAGUGGGGUUCCCGUUACGAUCUCAGUAGUCGGAGUUCCGUGCACGACUACGCCACCACCUACGACCAUAAUCCCGGCUGUAGUCAUAACGGAAAUACAAGUAACCAAUCGGAUCAUCAACAACAUUGACACGGGAAUCUCCAAUAAUCUCGAUCUGACUAAUAUCACUACCAGUAACCAACCAGAUGACUUCUUUAGUGAUCCAGGAAACAUCAUAGCCACGGUAAUGGCGAGUCUCCUUGGACUAGCUCUACUGGGUCUUUUAGGAUAUCUCUUAUGGAAGUUUUGUUGUCCGACAUGUUGUGGAUUAUGCUAUCCCAUCAAGCAUCUACGUAGUGAUGAGGUGUUUGACAACGGUUUGUGUAGACGAGGGUUCUGUGAAUGUGAUACCGAUUGCUGCCGAUGUUGUAAAGUGCGCAUGUCACAAUGCUGUGAAGGGCCAAGAAGAAAUAGUGUGAUACCAGCAAGAUAUACAGUAAGGAGCGCCAAUAGUAUCAACGAUGGGAAAAUUUACGAUUUCUGGAAAGAGCAUUAUAACGAAGCUGGCUAUAGUACUACUGGUCAUCGUCAACAGAUUCCUACAACUUCUUAAUAUCGCAAAUACUUACUUUUUGAGAAAAUUCACACUAUCCAACUUCUAUAUAUAUAUAAAGUAUUUCAGAAAUAAAAAUGUAAAUUGAUAGCACGAGCAAAAUACCUAUUAGUAAUCCAAGUGAGGGUGACGUUAUGAAACAAAAAAUGUGUUCGAA